AAUUGUAUUUUGCAAACGCAAAGUAAAGCGUGGAGUCACAGUACUUAGUAUAGACUUGUAUAUUUAUGAAUGUUCAAUGGUAUCUAUUUAACAUUAAACAUAUAUAAUUAAAGUUUAGUAACUGGAUUCACAAUCACAAUUUAUUUUAAUUAAAAGUCCUCAUAAAUAUGACGACGUUAGACCGGAAGGGCACGUUUAAGGUGGAAUAUUUACAAGAAAUUGAGAAAAAAGUCCAGGAGCGAUGGGAAAAAGAAAAUAUAUUUGAAGCAGAUAUACCCGAUGAUGUAAAUCAAGAAAAAUUUCUAUGUACAUUCCCAUAUCCAUACAUGAAUGGACGACUACAUCUUGGGCAUACAUUCUCGCUGUCCAAAUGUGAGUUUGCUGCAAGGUACAACCGCUUAAAAGGCAAAGCAGUACUCUUUCCAUUUGGUUUCCAUUGCACUGGCAUGCCAAUAAAAGCAUGUGCAGAUAAAUUAAAAAGAGAAAUGGCUUUGUAUGGAUGUCCCCCUGUCUUUCCUGAUCAUGAGGAAGAGUUCGUUAAAGAGGAAGAUACAGUCCCCAAAGAUAAGAGCAAGGGAAAAAAAAGCAAAGCUGUAGCUAAGACUGGCACUGCAAAGUAUCAAUGGCAAAUCAUGCAAGCUCUUGGCAUCCCAGAAGAUGAAAUAAAGAAGUUUGCAGAUGAAGUGUACUGGCUUGACUACUUUCCACCUAGAGCUGUUGCCGACUUAAAGAGGAUGGGAAUUCAUGUGGACUGGAGACGAAAAUUCAUUACAACAGAUGUCAAUCCGUUCUACGAUUCAUUUGUAAGAUGGCAAUUUAAUCAUCUCAAGAAUCGUAAUAAAAUUAUGUAUGGCAAACGCUACACUAUCUACUCUCCAUUAGAUAAACAGCCAUGCAUGGACCAUGACAGAAGCAGCGGUGAAGGGGCUGGACCUCAAGAGUACACACUUAUUAUGAUGCAAGUUUUGGAACCCCUACCAGAACCACUUAAAUGUUUUAGCACAAAGAAAGUCAGCUAUGUAACUGCAACUCUACGGCCAGAGACAAUGUAUGGCCAAACCAACUGUUGGGUCCACCCAGAUAUCAAAUACAUUGCUUUUGAAACUCUCAAAAAUGGUAUAUUUAUAUGUACAAAGAGAGCAGCAAGAAAUAUGUCCUACCAGGGAUUUACUGAAAAUGAUGGUGAAUUUAAAAUCCUCAAAGAAAUAGUAGGGCAAGACUUGUUAGGUGUUGCUUUAAAAGCACCAUUUACGAGCUAUUCAAAAAUUUAUGCUCUUCCAAUGCUUACUAUAAAAGAAGAUAAAGGUACUGGUAUAGUAUCAAGUGUUCCAUCUGAUUCGCCUGAUGAUUAUGCAGCUCUGGUAGACCUGCAAAAGAAGGCUCCUUUCAGAGAAAAGUAUGGAAUUAAGGAUGAAAUGGUUCUCCCAUUUAAACCUAUUCCAGUUCUAGAGAUUCCCGAGUAUGGUAACAUGUCAGCCGUUCAUGUUUAUGAGAAAUUAAAAAUCCAGAGUCAAAAUGAUAGAGAAAAGUUGAACCAAGCCAAAGAUAUGGUUUAUUUGAAAGGUUUUUAUGAUGGAGUAUUAUUGGUGGGAGAUUAUAAAGGAAAAAAAAUUCAGGAUGUUAAGAAAAAUAUUCAAAAUCAGUUGGUGGCAGAAAAUUGUGCUGUAAUCUACUAUGAGCCUGAAAAGACUAUUAUUUCAAGAUCUGGUGAUGAGUGUGUAGUUGCACUUUGUAACCAAUGGUAUAUCGAUUAUGGUAAUGCAGAAUGGAAAGUCCAGGCAGAGAAAGCAUUAGCUGCAAUGAAUACAUUCCAUGAUGAGGUGCGAAAGAAUCUCUCUGGGACUAUUAAGUGGCUGCAUGAGUAUGCAUGCUCCAGGACAUAUGGGCUUGGUACCAGGCUUCCAUGGGACACGCAGUGGUUGAUUGAAUCUCUCUCAGACUCUACAAUAUACAACGCCUACUACACAGUCUCUCAUUUCCUGCAAGGAAACACGUUUAGAGGAAACGUUGAGAAUUCUCUCAAAAUAAAGCCAGAACAGAUGACUAUAGAUGUCUGGGACUAUAUUUUUUUCAAAGAUGCACCAUUCCCUAAAGACUCGAAAAUUGCAAAAGGUUCACUGGAUCUCAUGAAGAAAUCAUUUAAUUAUUGGUACCCUGUUGAUAUGCGGACCUCUGGGAAGGAUCUCAUUCAAAACCAUCUUUCAUACUACAUAUUCAAUCACUGUGCAAUCUGGCCGAAUGAAGAGAACAAAUGGCCCAAAGGUAUCCGGGCCAACGGGCAUCUUAUGCUGAACUCUGCCAAGAUGUCCAAGUCCGAAGGGAACUUCUUAACCCUGUCUGAGUCCUUGGACAAAUUCAGCGCGGACGGUAUGAGGCUGACCCUGGCUGAUGCCGGGGAUUCGAUAGAAGAUGCCAACUUUGUCGAGAGCACGGCUGACGCGGCCAUCUUGAGGCUCUACACUUUUCUAGAGUGGGUUAAAGAAAUUAUCAACACUAGAACUACGUUACGCAAUGGUGCUUACAACUUCCAUGACAAGGUGUUCAUAAGUGAGAUGAACAUGAAGAUUCGACAAACAGAUGAAAAUUAUAACAAAGUGCUGUUCAAAGAAGCCCUAAAAAGUGGUUUCUUUGAACUUCAAGCGGCGAGAGAUAAAUACAGGGAACUGUGUUCAGAAAGCGGCUUGCACAUAGACAUUGUGACUCGAUACAUAGAGACCCAGGCGGUGCUCCUGUCGCCCAUCUGUCCCCACGUCGCAGAACAUGUGUGGACGAUGUUGGGCCACAAAGACAGCAUAGUGCGAGCUAGAUGGCCUGUCGCCGGUGAGGUGGACCUCACGGCCGUGAAGGCCAGCGACUAUCUGAUGGAGGCGGCGCACUCGUUCCGCAUCUACCUGAAGAACCACUGCGCCGCCAGGAAGAGCAAGAAGGGCGAGAGCAGACCGGAGCAGCUCAGACCGAACCGCGCAGUUCUGUGGGUGGCCAAGCAAUACCCUCGCUGGCAGCACAUCAUACUGAGCACCCUCAGUGACUUGAACGGGGCAGACGGAUUGCCCGACAACAAGAGCAUCUCCGUGAAGUUGUCUGCGGUGAGCGAGCUGAAGAAGUACAACAAGCGAGUGAUGCCGUUCGUACAACUGGCCAGAGACAACCUGCAGCGGCUCGGAGUUGACGCGCUCUCGCUGUCGCUGCCCUUCGACGAGGCCGCGCUGCUGCGGGACAACGCGCGCUACCUGUGCGACACGCUGCAGUUGGACUCACUCGAGGUGAAGUACACGGACGAUCCCGAAACUCCAGAGAAGACUCGCGAGGACUGCGCUCCCGGACAGCCACACGUCAACUUCAUCUCCGACCCUGGCCUCCUCCUGUCCUUCGUCAACCCUCAACCUUCCAGCGGUCUCUUCACCACCGCCGUCACGGUGUUGAAUGGGGACACCGUUUAUAAAGUAAAGGCCAAAAUAGCAAGAGAAGUGAAAGCAAUCCAAGAUUUAAGCCUGUUAAAGUUAUGGCGGUAUUCAGACCCCGUGCUGGGGCCCCGUCGGAUCCCAGCGGGAGACUUCGACACCAAGUGUGUGGCCCUGGACGAUAGUGCCGUACUUACAGUGAACGUGGAUCCCGCCAGGGUAGGACUGCUCGUCUCCGGAACUAACGUGGAUAUCGGACUCCAGUUCCUAUACACUUAUAAAUAAAUAUUUUGUAAUAUAAUAAUAAUAAAUCUCUUUAUUAUUUAUAAAUAAAAUAUUACUUAUUUAUUAA